AUGCCCGCCACAACUCGAAGCCAGGCCUCCAAGGCUCGCGCCGCAAACACGAACUCAGCGCCUGCAGACGAUGUUCCGCUCGACCGAUCGAACUCGAGCCGGGACCGGAAGAGCCGCAAGGAUGCACGUCGACCUUCCCGUGAUCAGAGCCCGAGGACGACUCAAACGAGCAGCUCGACGCAGGGCGGCAGUCCGCAGAGGAAGCGCGCGCGACCCACUAGUACGAACGACUCUAGAGUCGCUGAUUGUGACCCGGUGGAAGCCGGUCCUGUUACACUUCUUGGACUCCCUCUUGAGAUAUUAUCUGACGCGAUUCUGAUUGAGCUGACGCCAAUUGAUCUUGCGAACCUGGCGCAGACAAACAGAGUGCUUCGUGGAAUGCUUCUUUCUUCGCCUGAAGGGUCGAGAAUAUGGAGCAAAGUCAAGAAGCUUGCCGGAGAGACCCCCGACCGUCCGGAUUUUAUCUGCGAAGUGAGCUGGACGAGGGUAAUCUACGGAAAUACGAGCUGCAUCCGAUGUGGCGACCCUGCCGAAUCCGGGGUGGAGUUUGUAGCAUACACAAUCAUGCAGCCGGUCUGUGGGGGAUGCACAUACAGACACCAUAUUGAUGAUGAGGAGAUACAGAGGCUUUGGCCCGAUCUCGACCUCGGCAUUUUGGACCUCAUCCCGCACUCAAAGAUGCGCUCUCCUCCAACCUGGGACGCAUCCAAGCGCUACUGGAAAUCACACAUUGUACGUGUGGCGAAGAAGUGUGCCGGCUAUGAGGCAGACAUACAAUCAGGGAAGCGAGGAGCCAAGGCAGCCUACGAGCGAUUCAAGAAAGAACAGACUGAUUCUGCGCGGGCAAUUUCUCAGCAUGCGCAAAAGUGCUAUGAAUGGAUCCACACCCGAUAUCAAGAAGAGAAGCAGCGUCGGGAGAGGCGCUACAAACAGGUCGAGCGGCGAUUCAUGCACCUUGGUUAUGCAGAGAAUGACAUCCAGAAGAUCAAGACGAUGGAUCUUGCAGUGCAGGAGCUUGAGAAGGGGGAUGUAACCGACCAAAAUUGGGAGGAUAUACGGCAUGCGCUCGAACCGUUCAUUGUGGACGCCUCGUGCGGACGGAUCGAGAGGGACGCGGGACCGGGCCAUCGCGAGACCAUACAGAUUCGCAAGGUUCUUGUUAAAGAAACAUAUGAAGACUUCAAGCGGACUCUGCAGCCGAUCCAAUGGCUUCGCCUCCCCCCUGUCGACAUGAUCUACACGAUGCCGACCUUCCGCUCUCUCAUAUACAACGACCUGGAUGCGGUUCUCAUUAGAGCGCAGUGCGACGCGGCUGCGCGGGAGCUACCGGACUUCAUCUCAACCUAUCACGACAGCAUCAUGGCUGCCCUGCGACGAGCCUACAAGGAAAUGUGGACCUUCGACUCUGGUGAGGACUGGCCUGAAGGCGCGGACAAGAAUCUCCACUGGGCCUGUUCCAUCUUCAGGACGAGGUCGUGGGACACCCAUUUUUUCUGUGGUGCUGACGACGUAUUCGCGCAACUGUCUUGCAUCCGGGAAGGGAGGAAGGACAAGCUCUUCUGGCUUCAGUUGCAAGACCCAGAAGAUCGGUCGCAAUUGCGUCCGUUCAUAGGGGAUUCGGUUGGAUAUGCCGUCGUCCAGAAGCUGUCGUCAACGCUCGGCCUUGACCCUCGCAAGGCUCUUCCGAAGGAACUCGACAAGCUCAACAGACUCGUCUUCUGUCCAUCCGUCCGCUGUAUGUUUAUGUCCUCCACUCACCCCGGAUAUGGUCGAAGGUUCGACUCGUGGCGUACAGUCCUUGAGCACAGCUCGAGCUACCACGGAUAUAGCGACCAGGUAGUUAUGGGAAUUCUCUGUGCGGAGGGCAGUGCCGAAAUGUUGGAGCGCCUCGGCGUGAAUGCCGACCUGCAGAGUAAAUGGAGUUGCAAUCACUGUCCAAUCCAUCUCGGCAACCUGCAGACUAAGACAUCUGUCAUCGAGCAUAUCAGAGACUUACAUGCAGUCACGGCACCGGAGGAAAGCGUCGAUUUCUUUCAUGCUGUACCGCAUGAACGCUGCCUCGAUGCUUACAAGGUCAAAUUUCCACCGUGGAAAGAUCACGAAAGUCUGACAAUUGACGUGACGGGACCUGGGAUUCCGCCGAACGUCUGGGAGUAA